AUGGACAAUUCUCAGAGACCCAACAAUAUUGCGGAAUCAAUACCAGGGAAAUAUGCGUGUGAGCGGCGUCACACCGUCUCGUUCUUGGACCUCCCGCGCGAGCUGCGUGAGAUGGUUUACAGCCACAUACCCAACAACUCCGGCGCAUUCACCUACGAUACUCGUAUUAAACGAAGAGACCCACACAGUCCAUCACUAGAUGUAGGAGGCUCUCAAGCAAACAACUCUUUUGACGACGUAUAUGGAAACCCUGGCGUCGCAUUCGGUACUGGUGACCACCCUUUUGCCAUCCUCUCAACCUGUCGAACCAUCCACUCCGAAGCCCUCCCAAUACUAUAUGCGAAAACUCCACUAGGUCUUUGGCGAUCCAUGUACGACUGCCGUGGUCAAAAACAAUACCCAGCUUAUGUCGCCAAGGUAUUCUCCUCCUUACCUGUACAUGCGACCCAACACAUCCGCAUACUCCAACUUCAAGGCGAGCUCUGGCUGCGUAGUAUGGAAACCCUUCUCGCCACCGCCAUUGAAAAACUACCUUCCUUGAAAGUGUUGGAGAUAGGGCUGGAUCCAUACCUCGACGCUCAUAAGCGUAAACAUUGGUUUGAUCACCGCGCCAUGCUGCGGCAAUCUUGGCCGGCUGUUGCUACUCUACAUCUCAUUGCUCAAAGAUUGUCUGUUAUCGACAUAACCAUCUCCCCUCCAAAGGAUACAGUACACAUCAAUGCCCUCGACGACAAUACCGGACUUAUCAUUUCUGGGCUGCCGUAUCAACGAUUUCUGUGGCAGUAUCUACAGCUCUCGGUUUUGUGUUAUGAGAUAAGCAUCUAUGGUGCUAUUUUACACGACGAUGCAAAAAGAGGAAUGGAAGUGUUUAUGGAUCAGUUGGUCCAGAGAAGAGAUUUGUUAGAGUUGAGGCAGGUGAAAACGUUGGCUGAGAAGUGUAUUGCAGGCACCUCUGACUUCAAGAUUCAGAAUGAGAAAGAGUGGUUAAAGGAGAUUACCGGGAGGGUUAUUGAGGUUGAUGAGGAGAAGAGGAGAGUUGGUGUUAUGUCGGAGAGGAAUGCAGAGGUUAAAUGGUGUAGGAUGACAUAUACAUCUGAGCCCAGGGGAUAUGUGGUUUCGAGGUGUGAUGUAGAUGGUGAGGAAUUGGCGACAACGAUGGCUCUGCCCGAGAAUCGGGGUUUGCUUGAGGCGAUCGAUCAGCGGCUUUCGGAUAUGUAG